GCUAAUUCAUAGUCAACAGUAUUCACAAUUUUUCUCAACAAAUUUUAAUAAGAAUUGUCUCAUUUGGCAUUUGGAGGGAAAAACAAUUGAACAGCUAGGACAUUCGCAUGGUACAUGCUGCACUCUCUUGUGCUCCGUUAGACGCAAGGUUUCUAGUUGGUGGCGCUAUAGCUGCUUGUGUUCCACGACCACAACAGGAAUCUUUUAAUGUAGUCUCAGAAAGCCUCUCUUCGCAGCCUAAGAGGAGUCAACUAUCUGAUGCUGACCACGCAAGAGCUUUCUUACAACGUAUUUUAGGACCCCCAGCUUUAGACCUCGGAACCUCCUCGGUAGAAGCUUUGAUAGCUCAAACACUAGAGACUAUAGAGGGCACCGAAGAUACCUUCGUAAACGAAAAAAAGGGUGUUGAAGAAAGCACUCGUUCCAUUGCGGAAAAAUAUGCGCACUGUUUAAAGAGCUACUCAGACCCAGAAGCUUUACAGGAAAAAACUUUGGGCUUUAGAAACAAUUUCUUGGAUGAUACUCAAUUCAGUCUGAAGGAAAAACAGUCGUCUUGGAACGAGGAUGAGAAGCGUCAUCACUUUGUUUCGCUUGCGUUGUUUAGCUGUUUGGAAGUUGAAAUUAGAUUUAGUGGAGGUCACUAUGAUUCCCGUUCUCGAGCAGCAUUUUGGAGAGCGGCAGAAGUGUUUUCUAUUGAUACUGGUAUGCUGAGCUCUGCAGAAGCAACUCUUGCAACAAUUUUGGCUGCAGAAAAUGAAGCAGCAGAAGCUUUGGAAAGUGAGAGUUUUGAAGAAACCAAAAGAAGACGUCGAAAGAUUCGCAUGAUGAAAAUUGCAGCAGCUUCUACAAUAGGUGGUUUUAUGGUUGGUUUUACUGGUGGAGUCUUAGCGCCUGCCAUAAUUCCCGCUUUAGCUUCUGUUGGGAUGGGGAUGGGAUUGACAAGUCUUUCAGCAACAACGUCUUCCGCAGUGAUCGGCUCCUUAUUUGGGAUUGCUGGAGCUUCAAUGACUGCUAAAAAGAUAGGACAUUUAACUGCGAACGUAUCUGAAUUCGACUUUGAAGCUUGUAAUAGAGUAGCAGAAUCACGUAUUCGUGAUAUGAUGCAAUUGAUGCCUCUUACAAUUCCGAAGGGUGGUAGAGAAGAGAAUAUAAUAGAAGUAACUAUUGCUGGUUCGAUGCUUGGAUGGGAAUUAGAAGGUGUUUGCGAGUUUGGCAUUCAAUACGAACCUUUUCAAUCAAGUAAAGAUGCAAUUUCUGCUGAUGCUGUUGCACUCGCCGUUGACCGAGCUUUGAUAAAGGCAGAAGGGUCGACGAUCGAUUUCGAUCAAAUAAUUUCAAACAGUCCUAUUGAGAAUGGAGCGCCAACGAAUAAAUCAGUAGACAUCAAUUAUUCGGAAGAUAAAAAGGUCAAAACAUCUUUCUUAGGGACUGAGUGGGAUUAUACAAAGAAGCUCUUAAAUGAGAUGAUAUCAUUUCGCAACUCUUCGAAGCAAAAACAAAAGGAAGAAGACAAGCCAGGCAGAAAAUGUUGGGUUUUGGCAAUGCAGAACUAUCCUCUUUCUGGAAAGAAAGAAAAACGUGCAAACGCAUUUGGAAUUUCUAUGAGUAGUUUGGGUGUUCGUACGAAGAGAGGUUCUUCAAGAGACACCUAUCUUUGUGCGGAACCAGGAAUCUACACUUUACUGUUUGACAACUCAUCGGCUGUAUUAAGAAAUGCAUAUGUGAAAUAUAGAUAUGCAGUUAUUCCUCCAGGGACCAAAUAUAUUCCACAUUGGCUAACUGACAAAGAUGAGGAUGAUAACGAAACUCGAAUCGCUUCCAACAAAGAUGCAAAUGAUCGAUCCUUGAAAGCGCCUCUUUCUUUGCAUAUUAUUUACUUUAUUCCAGGAUGGCUUGUAGAAGAACAAUGUGGAUAUCAUUGGAAAGGACGCCCUUGUUGGGGAGCUUUUGCUUGUCAAUUUCAGAAUAUUGCAGAAGAAUUGUUUCCCUUAAGUGAAUGUUUUGCCGUACGAUGGGAAAGUGUGUUGUUAGAAGAUGUAGGAAAUGCCCUACUGGGAUUCCUGAAAAGUAUUGCGGUAUGUUUCUUGCUAAGAAUUUUCGCGUUUUUUAUGAGACUGAUAUGUUUCAAGGCUGGUAAGCUCACAAAAUUAGCCAUGGACUACGUUAUUCCAGGAUUAUUGGGGACAGUUACAUUGCCACUCAAACUUUUAUCGGCAGUGAGCGUAUUUGACAACCUUUGGAGUACCGGUGUCAAUAGAGCUACAAGUGCAGGAAUCGCUUUGGCUGAACAUAUAUGCAAUGGAACUCAUGGCUAUCGUCCAAUCACCCUAGUAGGGUACUCGCUAGGAGCGCGAGUCAUCUUUCAGUGUUUGGAAGAACUCAGUAAAAGAGAAAUGCGUGGUAUAAUUGAUCAUGCAGUACUUAUUGGAGCUCCUUGUACUGCAGACGAAUCUCGAUGGCGGAUGGCUUCAUCAGUUGUUGCAGGACGCUUGCUGAACGUUUAUUGCGAGAAUGACUGGAUUUUAGGUCUUUUGCAUCGUACUUUCUCUUCAGUGAAGCACGUUGCAGGCAUGAGGAAGAUUACAUGUCCUGGAGUUGAAAAUAUUAACGUCUCAGCUAUCUGUCCCAAUUUUGAUGGUCACGGUAGUUACCGAAAGAAUCUCGAUACCAUUCUCCGCCAAAUAUUUUUCAACGAAUCUUCAUGGAACUGUACAAAUGAACAGGAAAGCGCCGCAGGCUAUCCAGAAACGUCCCAAACAGAUACUUAACUGUCUCAUAAAUUUAUAUUCAAGACG